AUGGCCGUCCCAACCUCGCCCUCUCGCAUGUCCCGCCUCGCCCUCUUCUCCACAAAGGCAGGGCCGUCCAGACUAGGUCCAUCGCCGCCCCUCGCCCCCGACCCAGGCGACCCCGACGACGACUGGUACAUCCCCUACAACGGCCCCAUCGAACAGCCGCCAAAGAGCAACCAUGCCUCCGACAGUCGGGACAGCUGGGGAGACAUCCUGCACGGCGUGCUCUCGGAGGAGGAGGACGGGGCCAGGCGCGGUGCAUCCGCCUCGGGGCACGACCCACGCCAGUCGCACGCAGCAAGCGCACCUGAACACGACGCCUCUCGCAGCCGCGCCGUCUCCAUCGCCUCGCGACAGACCCGGUCCACCGGAGCCGCAGACAGCAGGCGGAACACCAACGCCCGCAGCGGCGCCGCCCACCCCCGCCACACCCUCAAGCCCAAGGGCUCCACCAUGUCCUUCGUCAACCUCGACCAGCUCGGCGGCGUCGGCGGCACCCCGACGCCCGUCGAGCGCACGGCCCCGCACGCCUACCCUCCCCUGCCCCUGCCCGACCACCACCACCACCACCGACAGAGCCCGUCCCCGGCCUCCCGUCGCGCCAGCCUCGCGAGCAUCUUCACCUUUGGCCGCAGAAAGAGCCUCCGCACGUCGGCCUCCAUGGACAGCCUCGCCCGCGAGCGCACACAGCACCCCGACCCGGAGCCUCCGCUGCCCACUAGCGCUCCCGCCACUGCCACGCCACGCCCCGCGCUCGGCCGCGCGCGCGCCAACACCGCGGCCCUCCUGGACGCCACACGCGGCGCGACAACGUCGCGCAUCGUGCACGAAGACGAGUACUACGACUCGUACUACUCGACCCUGCUCGCGACGCCCGGCGACGGCGGCAGUGGCGGCGGCGGACCUGCCUCGGAAGACACCUCCCUGCGCUCGCACCACCCGUACGCAUACCCGUUCGCCCACCCCGACCCCUCCGCACCCGCAUCCGAGCCGCAAGGUGCACCCGCGACAACAGCGAACAAGGGCAAAGCCCGCCUCGUCGUGCCGCGCAUCAACUUUCUCGACCCGCGCGCCGGUCCGAGGGGUGCGGCGGGCACGGCGGGCACGGCGGGUGCGGGUGCGGGUGCAGAGGCAGCAGCAGCAGCAGGUGCGCGUGUGCCAGACUACCUCAAGCCCUCGCCGCGCAACUCGCUCCUCAAGGCGAGCAUCUCGACGCCGAACCUCAAGGGCCGCCAGCGCUGGCUCGCCGCCGAGACCUGCACGCGCAGCGGGUUCUCGACCCUCGCCCGCCAGCUGAGCGAAGACCUCGAGGACUUGCGGCACGCGUACGGCGGCGGCUCGCAGGAGGAUGACCUCUCGUUCGAGGAGCCGCGGAUGUGGAGCCGACUCCGGGGCCCGCCCCGCACGGACGACCUGUCCAACGAAGCGCCCGGUGUCGUGCUGGCGCGCUUCACGUCGCCGACGAGCUCGACGGACACCCGGAACGGGUACGACUCGCCCGUGCGCCUGCCGAUCGACACGUCCUUCGUCGUCGCGCCUGCGACGGACAUACCCGAGGACGUCGAGUCGUCGAGGGCGUCCAGCGUUUUUGAGCAGUCUCCUCUGCACGCUGAGGAGAACCCUCAAGAACGGCUGCGCGUCGGAUCGAUAGAAGCGGUCUCUACCCCGCCCGUGAUUUUCACGCCUCAGCGGCAGUCGCAAAUCAUCUCGCUCAUCGAGCACAGCGCGCCCGGCGAGCCAGAGGACGAGCGUGGUAUCGCCGCCGCUGCCGCCGCCUACUUCCGGCGCGACAGCGAGCCCGCCGAGCCGCGCCUGCUGCUCGUGCCCUCGCCGCGCUCGACGCUCCCCUCGCCACUCACGCCGAACACGCGCUCGAGCUACAUGACCUCGAACACGGACACGUCGCGCAUGUCCGGGCUGUCGGACUUUCCCGCGCCGCCGACGGUCCUGCCGUCGUCGUCGUCCGCGGCCGUGUCCGCGACGAGCCUCCUCCACCCGCACGUCGGCGCCGAGCUGCGGCCCCGCCUGGAGCGCGAGCCGAGCCUCGCGACGUUCGGCCGCCAGGACAGCGCUGCGAGCAGCGAGUACGGCCUCAUUGGCGAGGCGCUCUGA